GUGCGUCAGCCCCCAUGGGGCUCUGCAGCCUAGAAAGUAGCAGGACCAGGAAGUCAGCAGGUGGAGGUGGCAAGUGAACAGAGGAUGCAUCUUUUUCUCCCUUCCUUUGUCAUCUUUCUCCAUGUGGGUUUUUAUAUUUAUUUACUUAUACUCAGUUUUAUUCCAAAACUUCUUUGAACUGGGUCAUAAAGCCAACUGCAUAUUGUAAAGUAGAAGAAACUAAGCUCUGAGAAAUCAGGAUGUUUGCAGGGGUCCAGAAGAAGAUUUCCUGUGAGAUCUUUUCCAAUCACUUCAAGGACAAUAAGGUGGAGAUAGCAAAUGCAAUAACAAAGUCAUUUCCUUUUCUUGAAAGCCUCAGAGACAAUUCCUUUAUCACUGAAAAAAUGUAUACUAGAGUUGUGUACCAGGUUCUCUGCCACCUGGAGAAGGUGUUUGAUUGUUCAGUUCUGUCAGUCCUGUUCAGCAGGAUUAACCUGAAGGAGUAUCCUGAUUUAAUUGAGAUUCAUAAAAGCUUCAAAAAGGUUCUCCCCUUUUCCCGGAAAAGGGAUGGAAAAGAGACAACAAAAAUGCCCAGCUUUCAAUCAAGCUGUAAACAAGGGGCCAUUCAUUCUGGAACCAGAACAGAAACCUCUGAGCCUGUCUGGGAUGUGAAGUCAACAUAUAUAAAUCCAGAACAUUCUAUCCUUGGCCCAGGUGAUGCUCUUGGAACACAGCAAGCAAACACAUGCACCCAAGCAGUGCCUAGGGAACUCGAGGCUCUCCAAGCAAAAAAGGAGAGAGGGUCAGAAGAGGUGCCCAGCAGACUGCCACAUGGUAGACAAGUGAUCAGCAGUGAAGACUCUGAUUCCUGUGAGGGCAAAGAGCCCCUGGAAGUCUCCAGCUCAGCAUCAAUGCCCAGGCCUGGUAAGAAGGGCAAGGACCAUUUGUGCGGGGCACCAGGACCUCAGACGUCUGAGUUUAGAGUGUCUGCUUCCUAAUGCGUUUCAACUGGAGUGCACUCCAUAGCCAUGAUCCAGUUAUCCCUGGUGCUCUUUUUGUGCUCUCACCUCACCUGGCACUUUGGGAAAUGGGGGAGGCAACCUUCAUUGAAUAUAUGUGCUCUGGUAUUGACAUUAGGUUAGAAAGAAGCUAGGAUAUUUCUGUUGCUUUUCCCUUUCACAUUGAUCUGGUUUGAAUUUGUGUCCCCACCCAAAUCUCAUGUGGAAUUGUAAUCCCCAAGGUUGGAGGAGGGGCCUGGUGGGAGGUGAUUGACUCAUGGGGGUUGACUCCUCUCUUGCUGUUCUUAUGAUAGUGAGUGAGCUCUCAUGAAAUCUGGUUGUUUACAAGUGUGUGGCACUUCCCCCUUCACACACUCUCUCCUGCCUCACCAUGUGAAGAUGUGCCUGCUUCUCCUUCACCUUCCACCAUGAUUGUAAGUUCCUAGAGGCCUCCCCAGCCAUGCUUCCUGUACAGCCUAUGGAACUAUGAGUUAAUUAAACCUCUUUUCUUCAUAAAUUACCUAGUCUCAGGUAGUUCUUUAUAGCAAUGUGAGAGCAGACUAAUACAGAAAAUUGGUACUGGGAGAGGGGCAUUGCUAUAAAGAUACCGGAAAAUGUGGAAGCAACUUUGGAACUGGGUAAUGGGCAGAGAUUGGAACAGUUUGGAGAGCUUAGAAGAAGACAGGAAGAUGAGAGAAAGUUUGGAACAUGCUAGAGACUUGUUAAAUUGUUGUGACUAAAAUGCUGAUCAUCAUAUGGACAGUGAAGUCCAGGCUGAGGUGGUCUCAGAAGGAGAUGAGGAACUCAUUGGGAAAUGGAGUAAAGGUCACUCUUGCUAUGCUUUAGCAAAGAGACUGGUGGCAUUGUGCCCCUGUUCUAGGAAUCUAUGGAACUUUGAACUUGAGAGAGGUGAUUUAGGGCAUCUGGUGGAAGAAAUUUCUAAGCAGCAAAGCAUUCAAUAUGUGACCUGGCUGCUUCUAACAGCAUACUGCCAUAUGUGUGAGCAAAAAGAUGAUCUGAAAUGGGAACUUAUAUUUAAAAGGGAAGCAGAGCAUAAAAGUUUGGAAAUUUUGCAGCCUGACCAUGUGGUAGAAAAGAAAAAUCUAGGAGGAGGCAGGAACCAGAGCACAAGCAGUAGCUGGGUGGGCACCAUGACUGAGAUCACCACCAUCAAGGCAGUGAAGUGCAAGAUCCAGGUUCUGCAGCAGCAGGCAGAUGAUGCAGAGGAGCGAGCUGAGUGCCUCCAGCGAGAAGUUGAGGGAGAAAGGCGGGCCCGGGAACAGGCUGAGGCUGAGGUGGCCUCCUUGAACCGUAGGAUCCAGCUGGUUGAAGAAGAGCUGGACCAUGCUCAGGAGUGCCUGGCCACUGCCCUGCAAAAGCUGGAAGAAGCGGAAAAAGCUGCUGAUGAGAGUGAGAGAGGUAUGAAGGUUAUUGAAAACCGGGCCUUAAAAGAUGAAGAAAAGAUGGAACUCCAGGAAAUCCAACUCAAAGAAGCUAAGCACAUUGCAGAAGAGGCAGAUAGGAAGUAUGAAGAGGUGGCUCGUAAGUUGGUAAUCAUUGAAGGAGACUUGGAAUGCACAGAGGAACGAGCUGAGCUGGGAGAGUCCUGUUGCCAAGAGACGGAUGAGCAGAUUAGACUGAUGGACCAGAACCUGAAGUGUCUGAGUGCUGCUGAAGAAAAGUACUCUCAAAAAGAAGACAAAUAUGAGGAAGAGAUCAAAAUUCUUAUUGAUAAACUCAAGGAGGCAGAGACCCGUGCUGAGUUUGCUGAGAGAUCGGUAGCCAAGCUGGAAAAGACAAUUGAUGACUUGGAAGAUAAACUGAAAUGCACCAAAGAGGAGCACCUCUGUACACAAAGGAUGCUGGACCAGACUCUGCUUGACCUGAAUGAGACGUAGAAUGCCCCAGUCCCACCCUGCUGCUGCUCCUCCCUCUGACCCAGACUCCGCCUGAGGCCAGCCUGCUGGAAGCUGACCUUAAACUGAGGGCUGAUCUUUAACUGGAAGGCUGCUUUCUCCUUUUGCUGCCCCCUCCUUCCCUGUGUCUUUUUCACCAAACUGUCUCUGCCUCUUCUCGGAGAAUCCAGCUGGGCUAGAGGCUGAGCAACUUUGGAAACAAAAUUUAAGGGAAUGUGAGCACAAUGCAUAAUGUCUUUAAAAAGCAUGUUGUGAUGUACACAUUUUGUAAUUACCUUUUUUGUUGUUUUGUAGCAACCAUUUGUAAAACAUUCCAAAUAAUUCCACAGCCCUGAAGCAGCAAUUGAAUCCCUUUCUCACUUUUGGAAGAUGACUUUUCACCUUAAAGCAUAUUCCCCUCUCCAUAGAGGAGAGGAAAAUGUAUAGGCCUGCCUUACUGAGAGCCAAACAGAGCCCAGGGAGACUCCACUAUCAGAAACCUCAUUGCUUUGUACAAAGUACUAGCUAAACCAGAAAGGUGAUUCCAGGAGGAGCUAGCCAAACAACAUCAAAAACAAAAAAUGUGCUGUUCAGGUUUUCAGCUUUAAGAUAUCUUUGGAUAAUGUUAUUUCUAUUUUUUAUUUUUUUCAUUAGAAGUGACCAAAUUAAGAUGGUAAGACCUCUGAGACCAAAAUUUUGUCCCAUCUCUACCCCCUCCCAGUUGCUUACACAAUGGAUCAUGUCCCCCUUAUGUUGAGGUGACCACUUAAUUGCUUUCCUGCCUCCUUGAAAGAAAGAAAGAAGAUCAUGUUUUUGCCACUGAUUUAGCCAUGUGAAACUCAUCUCAUUACCCUUUUCUGGGUUUGAAGCUGCUGUCUCUAGAAGUGCCAUCUCAUUGUGCUUUGUAUCAGUCAGUGCUAGAGAAAUCUUGAAUAGCUUAUGUACAAAACUUUUUAAAUUUUAUAUUAUUUUGAAACUUUGCUUCUUUGGGUUUGUGGCACCCUGGCCACCCCAUCUGGCUGUGACAGCCUCUGCAGUCCGUGGGCUGGCCGUUUGUUGAUCUUUUAAAGUUUCUUUCCCUACCCAGUCCCCAUUUUCUGGUAAGGUUUCUAGGAGGUCUGUUAGGUGUACAUCCUGCAGCUUAUUGGCUUAAAAUGUACGCUUCUUUUAUGUGGUCACUUUGGGGCCGAUUGGGAGAAAGAGAAAUCAAUAGUGCAACUGUUUUGAUACUGAAUAGUGACAAGUGCCUUUUUGAAAUAAAGAACCAGUCCCUCCAAAAAAAAAAAAAAAAAAAAGAAAAACCCAUUUUCUGCAGA